GACUUCAAAAUGGCUGCGCCCAUGUUGAUAAAACGAGUUCGGUCUAAAUUUAAAUGUCUCACCUUUAAUACACGGAUCAAAAACAACAGUGUACUAUUAUGUAGGUUCCUGACGUCAGGUAAGGAAAGCAGUAGCCGUUAUGACCUGGUUGUUAUUGGAGGUGGAUCAGGGGGACUAGCUUGUGCUAAAGAAGCUUCUCAACUAGGAAGAAAAGUUGCAGUAUUAGAUUUUGUCAAACCAUCAACUCAGGGAACAAGAUGGGGUUUGGGGGGUACAUGUGUCAACGUAGGUUGUAUACCAAAGAAAUUGAUACAUCAAGCAGCAUUAUUAGGUCAUGCUAUUCAAGAUUCCAGAUCAUUUGGUUGGAAUGUACCACCAGAUAUUACACACUCAUGGGAAAAAAUGAGUGAAAAUGUUCAAAAUUAUGUGAGAUCUUUGAAUUGGGGUCAUAGAGUUCAACUAAAAGACAAAAAUGUUGAAUAUCUUAAUGCAUUGGGUACAUUAGUGGAUCAGAAUACAAUCAAAGCUGUUGAUAAAAAAGGUGAAGAGAGAAUAUUAUCAACUGAUAAUAUAGUUAUAGCUGUUGGUGGUCGACCUAGAAUACCAGAGAUACCAGGAGGAAGAGAAUAUGCUAUAACUAGUGAUGAUAUCUUCUGGAUGACAAAGCCUCCCGGUAAAACAUUAGUUGUUGGUGCUAGUUAUAUUGCUCUAGAAUGUGGAGGGUUUUUAUCAGGUUUAGGUUUUGAGACAACUAUAAUGGUCAGAUCAAUUCUUCUUCGAGGCUUUGAUCAGCAAAUGGCAAACCACAUUGGUGAUUAUAUGACAAAUAAUGGUACAAGAUUUUUACGAGAGUGUGUACCUCAGAAGAUUGAUAAAACAAACAAUGGUCAAUAUCUAGUUAGUUAUUAUGAUAAAAAUCAACAAUUACAACAAGAGACAUUUGAUACAGUUUUAAUGGCCACUGGUAGAAAUGCUGAAACAGGUGGAUUAAAUCUAGAAAAUAUAGGUGUUAACCUGGAUGAAUCUAGUCAUAAAGUUAUAGGUGGUUACCAUGGCGAUAGUGAAAAGAGUUCUAUAUCUAAUAUAUAUGCUAUUGGAGAUGUUCUACAUGGUAGACCUGAGUUAACACCAGUAGCUAUUAAAUCUAUAUUGUUUAUAUUUUACUAG